AUGGCCCGGCAUCGGAAUGUCCGAGGCUAUAACUACGAUGAAGAUUUUGAAGAUGAUGAUCUCUAUGGCCAGUCAGUAGAAGAUGACUACUGUAUUUCUCCAUCAACAGCUGCUCAGUUUAUUUACUCACGGCGUGACAAAUCUUCUGAGCCAGGAGAAGAAUAUGAUUAUGAAGAUCUAAAAGAAUCCUCUAAUUCCUUUUCAAACCAUCAGCUACAUGGAGUUGAUCAAGCUCGUCUUCAUUCAUGCCUUGAUUACAUGAGGGAGGUACUUGGUGAUGCUAUACCAGAUGAAAUACUGAUUGAAGCAGUUCUUAAAAGCAAGUUUGAUGUGCAGAAGGCUUUGGCAAUGGUUCUGGAGGAAGACAAAGUACAGAACUUGAAAGUCAGGAGUGACAAAGCAGUAGCUACAGGAGAGACAGCAAAAGGAGUCUUAUUUUCUUCCUCUGAAGUUUCAGUCAAUAAUGUUCAAAGCUAUUGUCCUUUAUCAGCAAAUGAUUUGGAUUAUAAUAGCACACCUUUUGAUUUUUCUGAUGCAGUAUCAAAAUGUGGACUAUAUUGUAACUCCCCAAUUGUACCAAGUCACUCUUUGCUCCAUAAAAAAAAGAAACUUGAUAGACCUACAAGUGGAAAGAAACUAGAAUCAUGUAAGUUACCAGAAGAGGUGUCUCUCGCUGACCUCAUUAAUGAUAUGCCAAGGGAUUCACUCUAUGAGUCUUGUAAAAGUGAACCAUCAGUAAGAUUAUCAUCUACAGACAGUCUGGAAAGUGUACUUUCCCAGAGUAUAAACGCUGAUUUGUUAAGACCUCAUGCAUCUGAAUGUGUUUCCCAAGGUGAUACUGAAUUCAGAGGAAUACCAGAUUUAAAGUCAUCAGUGAUAAAGAGCACACCAGUAUGUGUUGAACAUAAAUCACUGCCUGAUUUCCAAAACAUUCCGGUACAAAACAGCUCAUUGGAAAGGUUAACUCUUAGUAAUUUCAAUGCUCAUAAAAAGACCAAAUUUGAAAAUACUUCUAGAGCUGGACAAAGUGCUAAGAAUUCCAUUUUAAAAAAUGACACUUUUCCAUUUUCUCGGUAUGAAAGUCCGUCCUUAGCCGAGCUAUCUCAGGAGCACAAAGACAGCCCAGAGCAGCGUUUUCCUUCAUCUGAUCUUUGUAACUCAUCAUCUGCCAGUUUCACAGAUUUCAGUUUGGGAUCCUUUCCCCUGUCACAGCUUGCAAAUCAGCAUCAAUCUCCGCCUGGACUAUCAGAAUUAACAGGAUCUUUAUCAUCUUUGGCAUUUUGUAAAGCUUCUCCUACAAGAGACCUUAAAAAUUUGUCACUUUCUGAUUUGAUUGCAGAAACAAUUGAUGUAGACAAAUCUCAGAUUAAGAAAGAUUUCUUUAAGUUCAGUUUACCUGAUAAUAGAUCUUCAGGGAUAGAUUCAAAUAUUGAUCUUAGUGUCCUUAUAAAAACUCCAGACUUUGGCCCCAAAUCCAUAGUAGAUCGAUCAAUUGUAGCAACACCAGGAAGUACAGUUCAAAGUUUAAAGUUAGGGAAAAAUUCCAGUUAUGAUAAAAACAACAAGAAAAACAAUACAGCCUCUCUGAGUAGGAAAUCCCCUUUUUCUCUCUCUUGGACCAAGGCUCUUGCUGCUAGACCUUCAGCUUUUGCUUCAACAUUGUGUCUUCAUUACCCAUCAAAAAGUUGCAAGCGACGCACCCUUCACCUCUACAAGACUUUUCUUUAUGGUAGACAAGUUCAGGAUGUAAAGGACAAAGAAAAAAGCCCUCUUAUAAAAAUAACACCGUUUGAUUUCAAAUCAGCUUCUCCUGAUGACAUUGUGAAAGCUAAUCAAAAGAAGGCUUUUACCAGAGAAUAG